AUGGAAAUUGUUCAUGAGUGCCAUUUAAAUCCAUUACAUUAUAAAAAACUUGUGACCCAGACUCAACCCUUUGUAGAUGAAGAUGAUAAUUUUCUAAGCUAUAAAAUACAACAUAAAAAAGAAUAUACGGGAGAUGAAAAAGAAGUAAGAAAACAAAUUCUUAACGAAAAUCUAAGGCAAGUAAUAGAACAUAACCAAAAGAAUCUCGACUACAAAUUAACAUUGAACAAGUUCUCCGAUCGAACUGAAGACGAGCUUGCGCAUCUGUUCGGAACAAGACCUUCUGAUCCCUUGCAGCAUGGUUCGAUUAAAUUCCCCCACACUGAAGAAGAAGUAAAUCGUUUAGCAAAAAACUUGCCUUCGAAUUACGAUAUGAGAUCAGGAGGUUUCGUCACCCCCAUCAAAAAUCAAGGAAGGUGUGGCUCGUGCUGGGCAUUCUCCACCGCGGCGGCGGUAGAGGGCGCGCUCGCUCGUACGAACGGCGCACGUGGUUAUGAUCUCAGCGAGCAGUCGAUCGUCGACUGCGCUUGGGGAUUCUCUAACCAUGGCUGUAAUGGAGGUAUCAUAAGUUCCGCUUACAAGUAUAUCUUAAAACACGGUAUAGCCUUAGAAAAGGACUAUGGCUUGUACCUGGAGGAGAAUGGUUACUGCAAAAUAAGAAACAUGACCACUACCUACCGCAUCAAGGGUUUUAUCCGAGUACCACGGCUCAACGUCAAUGCGAUGAAGGUAGCUUUACAUAAAUAUGGUCCAGUGUCCGUCGCGAUCAACGCAUCACCUCUGCUUCAUUAUUCCAAUGGAAUAUACAACAACCCUAAGUGUAACAACGCGAAAGCUAACCACGCGGUGACGGUGGUGGGUUAUGGUGUCCGAAACAAUACCAUGUAUUGGGUCGUCAAGAACUCUUGGGGCGAAGACUGGGGACAGGACGGCUACUUCCUCAUCUCAGCCAAAAACAACACAUGUCACCUUUUAGAAAAUGCCUACUAUCCUCUUGUUUAAAUUUGUAAUAUUGUUUAUUUAGGUUUGUUGUAUAAGUGGAAUAAAAAUGUAUUUAAAUAAAUGACAAUCACAAAAAAGGUUUUACUGAUAAUUCCAAAUUCAGAAGAUAGAGUUUACAAAAAAAAAAAAUACUGGUUUGCAUUUUUUUUUUAAUGAUGAUUUCGAGACAUUUAAUAAAAUUAGUUCUGCCCGAAGGAUGUUCAAAAUUCUUCCACUCCUCAUUUUCUCUGACUCCUUUAUCUCUUUUUGUAAAUCUACAAAUAUUAUGACAGUUAUAUCGACAGUUGCUAUGUCUUCAUAUUGUACGCACUUCAUUACAGUAUUCUGAAAUGAAAUGAAAUGAUCUGAUGAUGAUAUGAAAAAUUUAAAACGACGAUUAUAACGCUUGGUAAUAAGUAAUACUAAGCGUAAAUAAAUUACUAACGUGCAAUCAUAA